AUGCUAUCGGCCCAAGAAGCCCAAGAAGCUACAAAGCUACUCUCUGGAGUACUUCUAAAUAAACUAAAAUUCACCGGCGAGAAUCUGCAUGAUGAAAAGAUUGGCGAGGAAUACCGUCGUUUGGUAGAGCUCGACUACAAGGUGGUUGAAAAAUACAGUGAGAUUCUGGUGGGAUUCAAGGCGCACACCGAGGCUCUUUUAAAAGCGGAGCAGGCGGUAAAUGAUACCCGCCUUGCGAUGAGGGCAUUUGUGGAAAAGUCUUCUGGAGAACUACAUGGAUUGCAGGCUGAAUGUGACAGCAUUCGGAAACAAAUCACCAGCCCGACCAAGAUUGAAUUCUCAGAUACCUCCAAGCCAGGGAUGAAGGGUGUUGUAACUCACAAAUCUGGGGUGCCUCCACCAAAAGCGUUUGCCGCUGUAUUCGAUCAAAAGGCGUUGUCGGAUUUUGUGAGGUCCAUGAUGGCUGCGCAUAAGCUUGAACCGGCGCAGGAAGGAGAAGCGACCAUCGAGGAGCUUUGCAGAAGGAUCUUGGACAAUGGCCUGAAGAAUGAUCCAUUAACGCUUGCUACCGAAGCCCGGGAGAAGGAGCGUGUUCGCGAAGCACUUGCCGCAAAGAACGACCCGAAUCAGAACAUGAGUGUCAAGCGCUUUCCAUCCUUCAAACACGAUAUUCUGCGCCCACAAAAGGACAAA